UGUUUACCCGGCUGCAUUGUGGGAGUUUGACCUCCGCCGCCGCCGCCAACCGCCGCCUCAGCUUGCGCCGCCGCCGCCGCCGCGCACGCCAUGGGAGCCGUGACAGACGACGAAGUCAUACGGAAGCGUCUCCUCAUUGAUGGAGAUGGAGCAGGAGAUGACCGGAGAAUUAAUCUGCUGGUGAAGAGUUUCAUUAAGUGGUGCAACUCUGGAUCUCAGGAAGAGGGAUACAGCCAGUACCAACGUAUGCUGAGCACACUGUCACAAUGUGAAUUUUCAAUGGGCAAAACAUUACUGGUAUAUGAUAUGAAUCUCAGAGAAAUGGAAAAUUAUGAAAAAAUUUAUAAAGAAAUAGAAUGUAGCAUUGCUGGAGCACAUGAAAAAAUUGCUGAGUGCAAAAAACAAAUUCUUCAAGCAAAACGAAUACGAAAAAAUCGCCAAGAAUAUGAUGCUUUGGCAAAAGUGAUCCAGCACCAUCCAGACAGGCAUGAGACAUUGAAGGAACUAGAGUCUCUGGGAAAAGAAUUAGAGCAUCUUUCACACAUUAAAGAAAGUGUUGAAGAUAAGCUUGAAUUGAGACGUAAACAGUUUCACGUUCUUCUUAGUACCAUCCACGAACUUCAGCAAACAUUGGAAAAUGAUGAAAAGCUCUCAGAGGUAGAAGAAGCUCAAGAAACAAGUAUGGAAGCCAACCCUAAGCCAUAGAUGGGCCAAUCACUCAUCAUUCCUAGGAAUAUUAAAAUCACUACAUGAUCCUCGUGUGCUUAGAAAUUGUUGUGCUCAUGAGAUAGUUAAUGUUUUGGCAGUGAGAUACUUUGUUUUAAAUGUUAAUGUACAUUUUAUUCAUAUUUCUUUAAACAACGAAAAUGCCUUCCCUGUGGAUUUGAUUUUGUUGAAAUGCUUGUUUUUUAUUAUUAAAAGUUAGGAAGCAACAUCCCAAAAUGUUUAAUAAAAUGUUUUCAAGCGGAA